AUCUGCUCAAAGAGGUCAAUCGAAAGCCAGCCAUGGAUCUCGCCUUGGGUGCCAUGGGCUCCCUCCUGCCGAAGUUGGGCGAGCUGCUCAAAGAGGAGUACAUGAUGCAGACAAGCGUGAAGCAAGAUAUCGAGGCUUUUUCCCGUGAACUGCGGAGCAUGCGCGCCGCCCUUCGCAGGGUGGCGGAGGUGCCGAGGGAAGAGCUCGACGAGGAGGUCAAGCUCUGGGCUGGGGAUGUCCGGGAGCUGUCCUAUGACAUGGAGGAUGUCGUCGACUCCCUCAUCGUGCGUGUCAAAGGCUCUGAUCGGGCUGACACCGAGCUGAACAUCUUCAGGGAGCUCAUGGGCAAGAUGGGCAGAUUGCUUAAGCAGGGCAAGGCUCGCCGUGAGAUUGCAACGGCAAUCAGGGGCAUCAAGGAGCAGCUCAAGGAUGUGGCCACCAGACAUAAGAGGUACAAAGCUGAUGGUGCUUUUGCUAAUCUAGCUGCAGCCUCAAGGAUCACCACCGUUGACCCUCUCCUUGUGGCUCUGUACGAAGACAAGGAAAGGAUUGUUGGGAUUGAAAAUGCAAGGGACAAGCUAAUUGAGAAGCUCUGUUUGAAUGAUGAUGUAUCCAAACAACCCAAGAUACUUUCCAUUGUUGGAUUUGGAGGACUUGGGAAGACAACUCUCUCCAAAGCCAUCUAUGAUAAGGUUCGAUCAGGUUUUGAUUGUACGGCUUUUGUGUCGGUGUCUCGGAGUCCUGACAUCAAGAAAGUUUUAAAAGAACUUCUGUUUGAAGUUGACAAGCAACGAUAUAUGAGUUUGAGUGGUGCCACACUAAACGAAAAACAGCUCAUUGAUCAACUCCAAGAAUCGCUAGGGUCCAAGAGGUAUUUCAUCGUUGUUGAUGAUAUAUGGGAUGUAAGUGCAUGGAAAACAAUCAGAUAUGCUCUGAUGCAUAGUGAAUGUGGAAGCAGAAUAAUCACUACUACCCGCAAUAUCAAUGUUUCUAAAGAAUGCUCCUCUCAUAAUGAUGAUAUGGUUCAUAACAUGAAACCUCUCUCUGAUGGCGACUCUCAGAGACUCUUCUAUAACAGAAUAUUCCUAGGAGAUAAGAUGUGCCCUCCUGAAUUACAGGAAGUAUCGAUGAAUAUCUUGAAGAAAUGUGCCGAGGUACCAUUGGCUAUUAUUACUUUAGCCAGUCAUCUGGCUAGUAAUAGACAAAUAAAACCCAUUAGUGAAUGGUAUGUUUUGCUCAACUCUAUUGGUAGUGGAAUUACAAAAGGAGAUACAAAUUUGGAGGAGAUGAGGAGGAUAUUAUCUUUUAGCUAUCAUGAUCUCCCUUCUCAUCUGAAGACUUGUCUAUUAUAUUUAAGUAUAUUUCCAGAAGACUGUAGCAUUGACAGAGACCGAUUAAUAAGAAGAUGGAUUGCUGAAGGUCUUAUCCAAGGGGACAACUUAUAUGAGAUCGGAUUGAGUUACUUCAACGAGCUUCUCAACAGAAGCAUGAUACAACUGUCAGAUUUUGAUUGUUAUGGUGAGCCAAGAACAUGCCGUGUACAUGAUAUAAUGCUCGAUCUUAUAUGUGACUUGGCUAGUGAAGAAAACUUUGUCACUAUAAUGGAUUUUACCAAGGUAAAUACACCUUUCAAAAGAAAGGUCCGGAGAUUGUCUGUCCAAAAGGAAGAGCUCGCAAACACUCAGCUAGUAACCAGUAGCAUCUCACAAGUGAGAUCCUACACCAUUUUUAGUCCUGCUAUUAAUCAGAUGCUUCCUCUAUCACUAUUUGAAGUUCUGCGUGUCUUGGACCUAGAAGGUUGUAAUCUUGUGGAAAGUGACCAGCUUAACCUUCGUUGUGUUGGUGAUUUAUUGCACAUGAGAUACCUUGACUAAGGAAUACAAAACUCCGAAAGAUCCCAGAGGAAAUAGGAAAGCUAUUGUUUUUACAGACAUUGGAUUUGCGAGGGUUAGAUAAGCACGCUGAAGAAUUUCCGGCAAGUAUUG